AUGUUUGUGACAGUCGAAAACCAUCUCAUUAAGCAUGGCCACAUUGGCGUUGCUGUCAAAGUACAAAAUUUUGCCAAACUUUUCGAGAAUUCCGAGUCUAAGAAAAGCCAGCAGAAAUGGAUAAAAGACCAAUUGUACCAACAAUUCUGGGCUAUGACCAUUAUCCAAGCGGAAAUCUAUUUCUCCCAGGAAAUAAAAGCACUUGAGAAACUUGAAGGUGUUAAUGAUACAGGCUUAACAGACGAGGAGAAAUCACUUCUGAGUUGCUUGAAAAAGAAACUAUCAUUCAGCGGAGAGAACUGGUGGUUUAUCACCCACAAUAUCCAUCGGAACUGGUUCCAGAAACCGAAAGGGCCGUAUAUUCGAAACUACGAGCUGUAUCAGAAGGGGUACCUAACACAUACGGAAAAGGAGAUGCAGCUAGCAUGCAAAGCUGAAGGUGGCUGUUGUGCCUGGGGUUGUGGCUGUUGUUAUCGGCGGAUUGUGGCUGUUGUAUACGAAGAAGACCAGGAGGAUAUGACAAUCCGUUUGAGGGAGAUGAAAGAGGACGGGCAAUGA